ACGGCCGGGUAAUCGCCACGCUGCAGAAAGUUCAGAAUGACCUAAAAUUAUACAGUUUAUGAGCCAUGGUGUGGCAGAAUACUGGUCGGUUGAAGUUCGGCAAGUUCGACAAGGCCGGAAAAAGCGGUGACGACGGCAAACUCCCAACGAGAGAUGACACGUCGGAAAGGCGACUUCUAGAGUCACUUUCUAACGACGAGCUUGAUGCCAAGUUCGGAUUCAAACGGCACCAGGAAGGAACCGAAAGGAUCGGAUGGCUUAUCAACAUACACCCGACGGAAAUCCUGAACGAAGAUAAACGCCUGAUCAGUGCCGUCGAUUACUACUUCAUCGAGGAAGAUGGAAGCCGCUUCAAAGCUUCGCUGCCAUACGAGCCUUACUUCUACGUCGCCGCGAAGCCGGGCACAGAGCAAGAAGUUAUUUCUUUCCUCACCCGAAAAUACCAGGGAACUGUCGUGAGGGUGGAACAAGUUCCAAAAGAAGAUCUCGAUCUGCCUAACCACCUAGUGGGUUUGAAGAGGACCUACCUGAAGCUGCUAUUCCUUUCUGUGAACGACCUGAUAAAAGUUCGAAAGGAACUGCUUCCAGCCAUCCGGAAAAACCUGGAGCGACAGACUACCUCGUGUACACGUGCACUCGGGAUGACUUUGCAAACAAGUAAAGCUACAGCUCCACCGAGCCAAUCAUGGCCGGUUGGGGUG